CACAUCUCCAACACUUUUUCACCUCUCAAACGACAUGACCGCUGCAAUUCUCGAUAAUGCCCUCGGCGCUGUUGGCCACACACCGCUGAUUCGACUGGACAAGAUUGCAAAGGCUUAUGACCUGAAAUGCAACCUACUUGGCAAGGUCGAGUAUAUGUCCGCGGGUGGGUCCGUGAAGGACCGAAUUGCAAAGGCUAUGGUCGAAGCAGCAGAGCGGGAGGGCAAGCUCAUCCCCGGCAAGAGUGUUGUCAUUGAACCCACGUCCGGCAACACUGGUAUUGGUCUUGCUAUGGCCUGCGCCAUCAAGGGGUAUUCGGUUAUCAUAACCCUCCCCAAUAAAAUGUCACUAGAAAAGGAAGCUCUCCUGCGUGCACUUGGAGCUGAAGUUAUCCGCACACCGACCGAAGCCGCUUGGGACGCUCCUGAAAGCCACAUAGGAGUCGCGCAGCGCCUGCAAAGGGAAAUCCCUCACGCUAUCAUCCUCGACCAGUAUAAGAACGUAAACAACCCACUCGCUCAUGAAUACACCACUGGCCCUGAAAUCGUCGCUGCUGUUGAGGCGACCCCGUCUACCUCGGCCCACCCUUCGUCGGGCAAGGUUGACGUCAUUGUCGCUGGCGCUGGUACGGGUGGUACUGUCACCGGUCUUUCGCGCGCAAUCAAAAAGAAGCAUAACAAGGAAUGCAUUGUCGUUGCUGCCGACCCCAAAGGAAGUGUACUUGCUCUCCCCAACAACUUGAACGACGAAGAUGCCGGUGCGAUGUAUGUGGUUGAGGGUAUCGGAUACGAUUUUGUUCCGGACGUUCUUACCCGAGAUCCAACCGAAAUCGAUUACUGGCUGAAGACCGGAGAUGAGGAGUCUUUCGAUGCUGUCCAGCAGCUGAUGAGGAAGGAGGGACUCCUCGUUGGUGGUAGCAGUGGAAGCGCUCUUUCUGGUGCCUUGAGAUGGCUCAAGAGUGACGCUGGUCGACCUAUUGCCGAGACCGAAGGGAAGAACGUUGUCGUAUUGCUACCUGAUGGAAUCCGAAAUUACAUGAGCAAGCCUUGGUUCUUGAAGAUCGCUAUGGAAGCGGAGCCCUCGCCUCUCGCUGGAACCAUUGCCCAGAUCCUCAAGAAGCCUGAAGCCUCUAAGACUCCCAGCGCCCCCACUAUUGCUCAAUCACCGAGCUCCCAGACCUCGCAUUGA